CCGGGCGGGGCGGGGCUCGGCUCGGCUCCCGGGCACUCAGAGCGGGAGAGCCGCGGCCGGGCAGCCUCUCCCGGCGGCCAGGUAGGGAGCGAGGUCUCUAAUCAGUCUUUCCAUUAACAUAUUAAUGAAGCAGUAGAGACAAAAAUAAGGAAGAUUUCAUCCUUCAAAUCAAAGACUUGUCAUGCAUUAUCAUUACAAUGAAGCCUUUGAAAAUCCAGACUACCACUUCUCAGAGACAUUGGAAAUUGAUAGAAGAGGGAGCUCUCAAAGGAAUCCAUUCUCUCACCAAACUCCUUAUGAUUCAUCGCUGCACGGUUCCUAUGGAGAACACAGAGGGAGGGAGCAGAACUACCCUGUGGCCAUCCCAAUGGCCUCCCUGGGACCUGGCUCUGACUACAGCCAGGAUUUACCCAGUCCAUAUGGAAAUUUCACAGACAGUAUUUCCUUUGAGUCUGAGCCAGAACUGAUUUACACCCGACAUUCUACCCUCCAUCUGCUGGAUUAUCCCUAUACUCAUGGAAUUUCCAGUGGAUCAGAAGACAGCUUCAUUCGGAGACGCAACCGAAGACCACCUGAUGAGAUCUUCAUGUCUUCUUCCAGCACACUGGAAACAGAUCCAGCCUGCAGUAAAGAGGAAGAUUUAGUUGAAAGUCUUGCAAGUAUGUCCACCAAUGAAAGGAUGAAAGCAAUCCAGAAGAUGCCAGAGACCAUGGGAAAAAAGAGAGAGAUCAGAAAUAAAGUUCUUAAAGAAAUAACAAAAAGAUCAAGUCACCGUGGUGCUCAGCCUUCCUGCUGUAGACAGUAUCUGCAGGGAGCAGCAGUGCCAUUUCGGCGAUUUGGAAAUACCCUUUCGGAAUAUUUUCACCAACUGCGGGUAUGGCACAAGACUCUGAAGAUCAUUGGUGCUGAAUUUGGAACAAGUGUUCUUUCCUACUUCGUUUUCUUGACGUGGCUGCUAAAUUUUAACAUCUUCUCAUUCCUCAUAAACUUUGGUUUCAUCACAAUUCCUCAGUUUCUUGCAGCAGAACCAAAUAACCUUUCAUUCACGGGCCUGGAGCUGCUCACUGGAGCUGGUUAUUUUCAACAAACAGUGCUCUACUAUGGCUUUUAUACCAAUGCUACAAUCAGUAAAACAGAGAAUGGUUCAUCUUACAACAUGCAGCUGGCCUAUAUUUUCACUGUUGGAAUAUAUUUUGUCAUCUGUUUUCUUAUCUUGUUGUUCAGCAUGCUAAAAUUCUUCUCCAGGAACUUCACUAACCCUAAGGUAUUUUCUAUGAAUGUCAGCAAGUUGCUCUGCAUUUGGGACUUCAAUAUAACUAAUGAAAAAGCUGUGAAGCUGAAACAGAAGAAUCUCCACACACAAAUAAAGGAAGACCUCACUGAAGUAAACACAGAAGAUCUAAGUUUUUCUGUAAAGGAGAGAGUUCUUCGUCUUGCUAUUCAUCUUCUUGCUUGGGUUGCUUCCCUGGGAACAGCAGUAGCUGCUUGCACUGGUGUUUACUUCCUCUCCAUUAAUAACCUCGAGCUGUUUAUGAAAGGGCAUAGAAAUGAUCUAGAGAGGCAAACUUCCAUGUUGGUGCUACCUGUGAUUGUAUCUCUCCUCAACACAUUGAUCCCAUUCUUCUUCUCCUGGCUCGGGCACCUGGAGAAGUUUCAGACUCCUGGACAGCACAUAUAUGUCACUAUUGCCAGAAAUAUCAUCCUGAAAAUGUCAAUUGUUGGAAUACUGUGCUACUACUGGCUUAACAUUGUGGCUACCUCACAGUCACAGUGCUGGGAAACUUUGGUUGGCCAAGAUAUCUAUCGUCUUGUUCUAGUUGACUUCAUAUUUUGUUUGCUUGGCUCUUUCUUCGGAGAGUUUUUACGAAGAAUUAUUGGAACUACAGUCUGCAUGAACCUGGGGCUGCCAGAAUUUGAUAUUGGACGAAACGUUUUAGAUUUGAUCUAUGCACAGACUUUGACCUGGAUUGGUAUCCUGUUCUCACCUCUGUUGCCUGGUAUCCAGAUGAUAGCAUUUUUUAUAGUAUUUUUUGUGAAAAAGGUCAGCCUGAUGAGGAAUUGCCAGCCCCCUCGCAAAGUGUGGAGAACUGCUCAAAUGAUGACAUCCUUCAUUUUCCUGCUGGUUUGUCCUUCCUUCCUUGGAGUCCUGUCUGUCAUUGGAGUCACUGUCUGGAGGUUAAAACCUUCAGAAGAAUGUGGUCCUUUCAGAGGAUUGUCUUCUAUGUAUGCUGCAGUCACUGAGUGGAUACAAAUACUGGAAAGAUACACUGCCUCAAAAUGGGUAGUGUGGGUCUAUCAUAACUUAAUUACAAAUGAACUUUUCUUCUUCAUCCUCUCUACUUUUGUACUAAUUUUUACUUAUCUUUAUUUGCAAAUAAUACGAGGAAGAAAGACCAUGACCAAACUCUUACUUAAGCAAAUUAAUAAUGCAGGAAAAGAUAAGAUGUUUCUGCGCAAAAAGCUACAGGCAGAGCAAAGGGCAAAACGAAGCUCAUCUGCACGGGGAGGAACAGGCCAGCAGAGAAGCUCCUCUUCAUACCACCCCUCCAGGCAACCUGCCCAGGAGGUGCCAGGCCACCCAGGAAGGGCAUUUGAAACAAACCAAAACACAUCCUACGAUGAGCAUCCCUUUUCUGCUGAGAUCUUGAGCAGCAGUGACUUUAUACCAGCAGCACGAUUAAUGCUGUUUGCCUUGCGGGGAGCAGGGCAGGAGCCCAGCGCUGCCCGGGCCAUGGCGCUCGCCCUGCGCGCCAGGGAAGAGGCGCUGGUGGAGGACAGCGGAGGAUUUCAGCCCUGAGCAGCACCCAGUGAAGGCACUGUCUGCAGAAAGCCAUCCUCUGUUGCAUUAAUGACUGAAAGAAUCACCCAAAUAUCUAUUUUACAUCUAAAUGGAAGAAAAAAUAAUAGAACAGAUUGCAAAAUGCAUCAGGACUUGUUUUUUUUACUGUGUUAGGGAAUAUCCACCUGUUGAGGUUGUUUUGCAGCAGUGGUAUCCUUCCCUCAGGACUGGCAUCACCUCGGUGCAUUAAGGCUCCCUCCACAGCUGACUACGUGUUGUUGACUAAAUAUAAGGAAACUUGUGCCUAACUGUAAGCAAAAGUUCUGUUUUAAAAAUAUUUUUCUAACAGUUACAUUGUUUAAAUCUAAAACAAUGUUUUGAUCUAAACCAAACCUGCAGUAUUGGUCAAAUAAACAGAAGUAUAUUAAAGUGCAGUUGUUUUUAAUGACUGAGA